UUAUUAUUAGGUUUCCAGUGUAUAAAACUUAAGAUUUAUAUAACUAUUUCAUUUAGUCUUACGGUUAUAUAAGUUGCGCUCACAAUAGCUUACUGUCUAAUGCCUGUCAAACAUGUUUCAAACAGUGAUCACUGUAUUGUUCACAACUACUAUAGUGUACAUAACGUACAGAAUAUUCCGAUUCUAUGAGCGCCGUAAGCGCUACCCUAAAGGACCCAUACCUUUGCCAUUGAUUGGAAAUAUUUUGCUAUUUAGAGGCCAUAAAACACAUCCACUGGAAAGUCUGCUAUCGGUUCGGGCACAGUAUGGACCCGUCUAUACAUUUUACAUGGGGAACGACCCCUUCGUAUUCAUACACGACGUGAAAAUAGCCAAACAGUUGUUCAGUCGGACGGCCUUCUGCGGUCGACAGUCCACUCUAAUCGGCAAACAAAUUUGCAGCGACGGCGGCAGUGAUAUCAUAUUCACCGACUAUGGCCAGGGAUGGCAGUCGCUGUCAAACGUGUUCAAACUGGCCGUCCGUAAGUAUUGGACGAGCAAUCAUAUGAACGGCACCGUUAGGCAAGUGGUGGACACCGCCGUACGCGAGAUGAUCGCCGAGGAGGGGGUCGGCCGACCCUUUGAUCCCAAAGAUCGCAUUGAAGUCGCCUUUUAUUGUGUGGUUAUGUCCAUAGCUUUUGGGCGAAUUUUCACAUCAAAAGACCCGGAGUAUAGACGCCUACACGACAUAACGAACGUAUUCUUCCAAUUGGGCGAUAAGUUGGCGCUCAUUGAGUUCGUGCCCAUACUUCGUGUGCCGUUAUUUCAAUACGAGCGCCUCAUAUCUCACGUUCGGGUCCUCGUGGGUCAGGAGCUGCAUAACUAA